UGAUUCUGAUUGUUUUGACUGACUAAGUAGCUGCUGAGGACAUUUUCUCUACAUCGUGAUCUGCAUGUCAAAACUCCAAAUGCUGAAAUCGUUGGUGAAACAGCGACUCGACGCGGCCGCUGAGGAGAUAUUUGGGCUGUUUGAAAGAACAAUAGCAGAAUAUGAGGAGGAAAUAUCUCGUUUAAGAGAAAGUGAGCGACAACAUAAACUGCUGGAUGCUGUUUUCAGCCCAACAUGUCGGGUACACAGAUCAGUGUUUCCUGCAGAUGUCCAGCAGCUGUUGGUGAUUAAAGAAGAGGUUCCCCCCGAGUGGAGCCCCAGCCUGGACCAGGAGGACACAGAGCCCCUACACAUAAAAGAGGAACAGGAGGAACUCCGGACCAGUCAGGAGAGAGAGCAGCUUCAUGGGCUGGAGGAGGAUGAGGUCACCAGGUUCCCAUUUACUGCUGUUCCUGUGAAGAGUGAAGAUGAUGAGCGGAACCCUCAGUCUCCACAGCUUCAUCGAACUCUAACUGAAGACUACAGAGAGGCAGAGCCUUCAAACAGCAGCUCAGCUACACAGACAGAAACCGAUGGAGGAUCAGAACCUGCCAGGAACCUUGAUCCAGAUAGUCAUUUACACCCAAAUACUGAAGAACAUGCUUCAGACUCUUCAGACACUGAAUUCAGUUAUGAUGAGUGGCAAAAACCUUUGUCAGAUUCUGAAGCUGAAACUGAGGACAGUGACAAUGGUUGGAAGGAGACCAGGGCACCCGAGUCAGAUGAUAAUGCUCUGAGAUAUAAGCAAGCACCUGUAAGUGAUGUGAGUUGUAGUGCUGGAGAAAUGUCCUUCAGCUGCUUUGAGUGUGGUAAACAUUUUCACUACAAGGGGUCUCUUCAGAGACACAUGAUGUGUCAUUUAGGAAAAAGGUUUAGAGGGAAGCAAAAUGUAGAUUCACACACGAGAGUGCACACAGGAGAGAAACCAUUUGGUUGUGAUGUUUGUGGGAAGAGAUUUACACAACAAGGAUGUUUUAAGAAACACAUGAGAGUGCACACAGGAGAGAAACCAUUCGGUUGUGAUGUUUGUGGCAAGAGAUUUACAGUCCAGGGAAGUAUUAAGAAACACAUGAGAGUGCACACAGGAGAGAAACCAUUUGGUUGUGAUGUUUGUGGGAAGAGAUUUACACAACAAGGAAGUAUUAAGAAGCACACGAGAGUCCACACAGGAGAGAAACCAUUCGGUUGUGAUGUUUGUGGCAAGAGAUUUACACAACAAGGAAGUAUUAAGAAACACAUGAGAGUGCACACAGGAGAGAAACCAUUUGGUUGUGAUGUUUGUGGGAAGAGAUUUACAGUCCAGGGAAGUAUUAAGACACACAUGAGAGUCCACACAGGAGAGAAACCAUUUGGUUGUGAUGUUUGUGGGAAAAGAUUUAACCAGAAGCAACAUCUUAAGACACACAUGAGAGUCCACACAGGAUAAAAAUUGUUUACCAAGCACGUUGGUAAAGACCACAGCAGUUUUCAUUGUGUCUGGUUGUUUUGUUGGAUUUUAUUUUUUACUUACUUACAGCACUGUAUAAUUUCAAAAUAUGUAUAAAAAGUCUUCUGGUUAAACUGUUGCUUACUGCCUACUAAAGUUAUUCAAACAAAGAUUUUCAAACUUUCCCUUUAUCAAUAUUGCUUU